AUGAGUAAAAGACCACCACCUGAUCCUGUGGCAGUUCUUCGAGGCCACCGCGCUUCAGUCACCGACAUUUCCUUUCAUCCCUACCAGCCUAUAUUAUUCUCCGGUUCUGCUGACGGCGAACUCCGAAUUUGGGAUACAUUUCGACGCCAAACAGUUUCAUCAGCAUGGUUACACAGUGCCGCGCAUGGGAUUGUUGCUGUUGCCAGUAGUUCUUCACUCGGAACCAAUAAAUUUGUGAGCCAGGGUAGGGAUGGAACUGUGAAAGUUUGGGAUUUUGACGAUGCUGGUUUGUCUAGGAUUCCAUCCGUUACAAUCAAGACAAACAGUUACCACUUUUGUAAGUUUUCCCUGGUUAAGAAUCAUUCUACUUGGUUAAAAGAAGGGGAGGCAUCAAAAGAUUGCCUUGAAACAGAAGAGGCUCAUACUAAUCAAAGUUCUUCUGAAAGCUCUGAAGGGCUACCGUAUGUGGCUUUGUCAGGGGAGAACUCUUCUGAGGUUGAAAUUUGGGAUCUUAAGUCAGCUGAGAGAUUUGCACGAAUCCCUUCAAAUAUUGGUAGUAACUCUUCAAGUGUUAGCAGUAAAGGGAUGUGCAUGGCACUUCAAUUGUUUGUACCAUCUGAAUCACAAGGAUUUUUAAAUGUCAUAGCUGGAUAUGAAGAUGGUUCAAUGCUUUGGUGGGAUGUACGGAAUCCUGGAUCUCCAAUAAGUUCUGUGAAAUUCCAUUCUGAGCCAGUUCUGAGCAUCUGUAUUGACGGGUCUUGCAAAGGCGGUAUCUCGGGAGCUGCAGAUGAGAGGAUUGUGAUGUAUAGCCUGGAUCAUUCUUCGGGUACAUGUGUGGUCAAUAAAGAAAUCAAAUUGGAGCGGCCUGGCAUCUCAAGCACCUCAAUUCGGCCUGAUGGCAAAAUUGCUGCAACAGCUGGCUGGGACCACAGAGUAAGGAUAUAUAAUUACCGUAAAGGAAAUGCUUUAGCUGUACUCAAGUAUCAUCAUGCCACGUGCAAUGCUGUAACUUUUUCGUUUGAUUCUAAGCUUAUGGCCUCUGCAUCGGCCGACACAACGGUGGCGCUAUGGGAAUUGUAUCCUCCUCGAACAUAA